AUGUGUGGAGUCGCCUGCUUCCCGGGGUGGAGCGUUCAGAUCCCGGUCGGGUCUUCGGUCAGCAUCGCCCACCGGGUCAUUGAGCGCCUGGCUCUUUUCAACCGGAGGCUAAAUCACCACUUGCAUUUUGCCCUGCAGCCCGUGGGCUUGAGGAGGAGCCUGUUGUUUCAGAAGCCAGUGACCUUUGAGGACGUGGCCGUGUACUUCACCCAAAAUGAAUGGGCCAGCCUGGACCCUGCGCAGAGGGUCUUGUACAGGGAGGUGAUGCUGGAGAAUUAUGCAAAUGUGGCUUCCCUGGCAUUUCCAUUCCCCAAACCAGAUCUGAUAUUCCAGCUGGAACAAGGGGAAGCACCAAGGGGCCUGGAUCCCUGGACACGUGUCGGGGGAGAAUCCCUGAAAGGCAUGUGUGCAGGUGGUAAAACCAAAACUAAGAAUGAGGAAAGAACUCCAAACCUGAACAUUUCUGAAGAAUCAGAAUCUCACAGACUAAUAGUGGAGAGUUUGCUGAUGGACAUUCCCCAGCACCCUCACUUCAAGGACAGUUUAGAGAAAUUGCAACUGUAUGAGACGGGGAAGAAAACAAACUCAAAGAAAGCAGAUUGCACAGAUUUGACAGUCCAGGAUAAUAAAUCCUCCACCAAGGAAAAAGAGGAGAUAGCCAGGAAAUUGGAAGGAAGCAGUAGUGUCAAUACACAUCUUAUUACAAAGGAGGGCCUUCCUAAAGAACAGGUGUUUUAUAAAUGUGGUGAAUGUGGCAGUUAUUUCAACCCACAUUCAGAUCUUCACCAGCAUCAGAGAACUCACACUGAUGAGAAGCCCUACAAAUGCAAAGAAUGUGGAAAAGCCUUCAGAUAUAACUCAAAACUGUCAAGGCACCAGAAAAUCCACACUAGGGAGAAACCGUACUCAUGUAAGGAAUGUGGACAAGCCUUCAGUCAAAAUUCCCAUCUUCUUCAGCAUCAGAAACUCCAUGGUGGAGAGAGGCCCUAUGAAUGUACAGACUGUGGGAAAACCUUCAGCUACAACUCAAAACUGAUUCGCCAUCAGAGAAUCCACACUGGAGAGAAGCCCUUUAAAUGUAAGGAAUGUGGGAAGGCAUUCAGGUGUAGCCAUGAUUGCAUUAUCCAUGAACGAAUUCACACUGGCGAGAAGCCCUUUGAAUGUAAGGAGUGUGGGAAAAGUUAUAGCUCCAAUUCAGUCCUGAUACAGCAUCAGCGAAUCCACACUGGGGAGAAACCUUAUGAAUGUAAAGAGUGUGGCAAGAGGUUCAAUCAGAAGAUCACCCUGAUUCAGCAUCAGCGAGUUCACACAGGAGAGAAACCUUACACAUGUAAGGAGUGUGGGAAAGCCUUUAAAUGGAGUGCAAGUUUCAUUCAGCAUCAGAAGUUGCAUACCAAGAAGAAACCAGUCCAACGCAGCCGCAGAACCCAAGCAGCUUUGGCACAUGUGGAUCAGCGGUCCCCUCUGUACCUGGAAGGGCAGCCAGAGCGGCAAACAUCAGAGAACCCUGGGUAA